UUUCAUCUAGGAAUAUUCAAGAGCACUUGCUCCAUCGAUGUGCGUUGGUUCCCUUUUGAUGUCCAGAAGUGUAAGCUGAAGUUCGGCUCUUGGACAUACGGUGGAUGGUCCCUGGAUUUGCAAAUGCAAGAAGCUGAAAUCUCAGGGUACAUUUCGAACGGCGAAUGGGAUUUGGUGGGUGUUCCUGGGAAAAGGACUGAAACCUUCUACGACUGUUGCAAAGAACCCUAUCCAGAUGUGACCUUCACGGUGACGAUGCGGCGGAGGACGUUGUAUUACGGGCUCAACCUCCUUGUCCCAUGCGUUCUCAUCUCCGCUCUCGCCCUUCUCGUUUUUCUGCUGCCGGCAGACUCUGGAGAGAAGAUCUCUCUUGGGAUAACCGUUCUAUUGUCUCUCACUGUUUUUAUGCUCCUGGUCGCUGAAAUUAUGCCAGCAACAUCCGAUUCAGUGCCAUUGAUAGCACAGUAUUUUGCCAGCACUAUGAUUAUUGUCGGCCUCUCUGUGGUUGUGACCGUCAUUGUGCUGCAAUAUCACCACCACGAUCCAGACGGGGGCAAAAUGCCCAAAUGGACCAGGAUCAUCCUUCUCAACUGGUGUGCCUGGUUCCUGAGGAUGAAGCGGCCUGGAGAGGACAAAGUCCGCCCUGCGUGCCAACACAAGCAACGCCGAUGUAGCAUGUCCAGCGUCGAGAUCAACACAGUCAGUGGGCAACAAUCCAGCAAUGGAAACAUGCUCUAUAUCGGAUUCAGAGGUCUGGAAGGAGUCCAUUGUACUCCAACCACCGACUCGGGUGUGAUUUGUGGAAGGAUGACGUGUUCCCCGACGGACGACGACAACCUCCUUCACAGCGGACAUCCUUCAGAAACCGACCCGGAUCUUGCUAAGAUCUUGGAGGAAGUCCGCUACAUCGCCAAUCGGUUCAGAGACCAAGACGAGGCGGAAGCCGUUUGCAACGAGUGGAAGUUUGCCGCUUCUGUCGUAGACCGCCUCUGCUUGAUGGCGUUUUCAGUUUUCACUAUCAUUUGCACCAUCGGCAUCCUGAUGUCAGCACCCAAUUUCGUCGAGGCCGUUUCAAAGGAUUUCGCUUGACAUGGGAAAUGUUGGCGAGCUAUAGAUUAAAAGGGGGGGGGAUAAGAGUUAAGUAGCAAUAGCCUGUUUGGUGCACUUAUAUACAGGAUGUGGGGAUGCAAACCAUGUUGGGGUGGGCACGGUAUUACAAAAGGACGUUAUAACUAUUAAUAGUCCGGGCAAUUGUCCUGGGACAUGUGUAUACUGCAUCACCAUCCCUUGAGAUAACCACGUUUGGUGUUUGGAAUAAAUUAUUUAAAUUAAGUCUA